GAUACCGCACGUAUGGCUCGCUCGCGAAUCUCUCAACAAUCACUUCUCCGUCUUUUCCGGCGUCCCACAAGAACGCUCGCGCCGAUAAAUAACCGAAAGGUCACCAGCGAGAAAUCUCUCAGCGUCGACGCAACACCGGAACAAGACCAAAUUUUCACUCAACAGAAGCAGAACGAAGAGGUUCAGCAGUACACCGAGCUCGUUCGCGACUUUCUCGAUCCGGCCGACUUCUAUCGCAGCAUCCGGAACAUCGGAAUCGACUUCUUCUGCGGCAUUCCCGACUCGUUGCUCAAGAACUUCUGCGCCUACGUCACCGCCCACGCAGACCGGCGGAAACAUGUGAUCACAGCGAACGAGGGCAGCGCGAUCGCGCUGGCGGCCGGCUAUCAUAUGGCGACGAAGAAAUUUGCUAUGGUGUAUCUACAGAAUUCUGGUUUGGGUAACUGCGUAAAUCCGUUGACGUCAUUGACGCCUCCUCAAGUGUAUGGUUUGCCCAUGUUGCUGUUGGUUGGAUGGAGAGGAGAGCCCGGAAAGAGAGACGAGCCACAGCAUAUGCACAAGGGUUAUGUGACACCGGGAUUGUUGGCAACAGUUGGUAUACCGUUUCAAGUUUUGCCUGAUUACAAGGAGGGUGCUGAACAGGCUUUGUAUGAUGCCCAACAGCACAUGGAGAGAUCGAGCAGCCCUUACGCUCUUCUUGUCCGUCGGCAAACCUUCUUGUCAUACAAACUACCAAAAGGUGAAGACACUUACCAUCUUGGCAGAGAAGAGGCUGUGCAAACAGUUUCGAGCAUUCUCAAUGAUUAUGAUGUUGUUGUGGCAACGACUGGCAUGCUCAGUAGAGAGCUGUUUGAAUAUCGAGCAAGGAACAGGCAGGGUCAUGAGCGAGAUUUUCUUACUGUUGGAUCGAUGGGACAUGCAUCUACAAUUGCUCUUGGAAUUGCAUUGUCGAAGCCAUCUAGACAGAUCUGGUGUCUAGACGGUGACGGUGCCCUAAUCAUGCAUCUAGGAGCAUUAGCCACAGUUGGAGAAACAGCACCCGGAAACUUUAAACACAUUGUCAUCAACAAUGAGUCACAUGAUUCAGUAGGCGGGCAACCGACAGCAGCUCGACACGGAACGUUUGACAUUCCAAUGGCAGCAAAGGCAUGCGGCUAUCGAGAGGCAUUUACUGCUGUGACUCGUGACGAAGUUCUUGCCGGCAUCGAUCGACUUCACAGUCUACCGGGUCCCGUUCUGCUCGAGAUAAAGACCAAUAGAGGAAGCAGGAAGGAUCUCGGAAGACCGACACGGUCGCCGCAAGAGAACAAACACGAUUUCAUGAAGUUUCUUUCACAAUAGGGACGAGAGAUGGGAGAUGUAUGUUGUCUCUGGUUUAGAUGAUAGAGGAGUAUGUACUCUAUUUGAUAUGACAGUCGAUUGAUUAGUUAGUGCAGCUGGGAUUUCUUGCUGUGUUUUCAUAUUUAUCGAAAUGUCGGUUGUGUUGAUGCGCUUUAUUUUGUUUGUUGGUGAUUGUGAGCAAGAGAACGGGUUUAUGUAA